AAGCGGAGGGUUCUCAAGCCAGCCAAUCAGAACCCGCUGAUUGUGAUAGACAAAAUGUCUUGGCGAAAGUUUUCCUGAAGAGCUCUCUUCGGUGGCAAGCAGGGGAGUUCCUUUCCACCAACAUCCUCAUUCAACAGUUUUUGGAGUGAGAAGGGAAGGUAUCAGGAUGCUCUCCCGACCUCCAGCAUCCCAGGCCUGCCGGGUUAGCUCUCGCGAGUUGUUGCAAGCGCUUGUGCAGAACUCGACGCAGCCUGCAUCCCGACAAUUGCUCCGACACGGGACUGCGAGCUUGGUAACUCCGCGCUCUAGGCCAUCAGUUGCGCGAAGGACGUUUUCGUCUUGCCUUGUUUCGGAUUCGAAGACAAACGCUGUUCGUUCGAGCUCCACGAAAUGGCAAAUUGGAAAGCGAUGCGCGUCGACUGUAGCCGCCGACAAAAAAGAUCAGAUUUACGCGCUCAUCGAUAAGAUCAACGACCACGAGGGGCAAUUGGCCGAGCUUCUGUUCGAACUCGAUCUGAUCGACGAUCACCAUGGCGUUCUCAACCUCGAGGGACCGGAGUUGGACGAUGUCUUCAGUCAGACUAUUGGCCACCGGAGCCAACAGGUGCUGGAGGACCGGGUGAGAAUGGCGAGACAGGAGUUCGGGGAGACGUUGCCCGAAGGUCAUUUGAAUGAUCGUGAACUUGAGCUAUAUGCACGACUUUACGGGCAGCCGAUUAUCGAAUCUCAGGCCUUGGAGGAAGAGGUAGAGGACGAAAAAGAACCCGAUCGUUUGUAUCGGGAAAGCGUCGACGGGGAUCUGGAAGAGGUUGAAUUCGAACAGGUCGAAGCAGAGGAUGAUAUUCCGGUUGUUUAUGAUAUGGAGGCUCCACAGCCAGAAGAGGAGACACUUGUUAUGACUCGUGCGAGGGAGAUUGCUGAACAACUGGGAGGAGAGGUCAUGCUGGAGCAAUUCGCUCAGGAAGCCGUCCCGGACCCUACGUCUAGACUACACCCUGCGACUGAAGCAGGGAAAUUCUCGACAGACCCGAGCACUAUCUUUCUUCCGAAGGAUACGGUGACCGGACCGAUUUCUGCCAUCUUGUCCAACUUCUCCAACAAGCACAUUUCUGAGGUCGCUCAUCGUACUUUUGGUGGACAACGGCUUCCGCACUCCACGACCACCCCACCCGCACGAGCACAGCUACCGCAACUGCCCAUUCCGCUUGAAGCCUCUCAAAACCACAUGAGUGAAAUGGAGGCGAACGCAUACAUUGCUGCUUUAUACCCCGGCGUCUACGCUACCACUCUGAGUAUCUUGGUUGAAGUUCGAAAGCGCCUGGGAAGCGAUUGGAUACGGCGCCUGAUCACCCAAGAGGGAGGUCCACGAGUACUGGAUGCUGGCGGUGGCGGUGCGGGAAUUCUGGCCUGGAGGGAGGUUCUUCGCGCGGAAUACGAGUUGAUGGUCCCUGACCAUCCGAAGGAAGAGCCCGUUCCUCUGGGUAAAGCCACUGUGGUCACCGCCUCCGACAGUCUGCGAACUCGUGCUAGUAUUAUGCUUGAAAACACGACGUUCCUCCCGAGAUUGCCGGACUAUGUCCAUGUUCGAGAUACUCCUACUCUGGAUGAUGAGAGAGCGCCUCCUAAACGAAAACAAUACGAUAUAAUCAUUGCACCCCAUACUCUCCUUGGUAUCGACGAAGGUUAUUUGCGGAAGGAACAGGUUGAGAACCUGUGGUCUUUGCUCAACCCUGACGGGGGAGUCUUGAUCCUCUUCGAAAAGGGUCACCAAAGGGGCUUCGAGGCCGUCGCUGGUGCUCGUGAUAUGCUUCUGGAACGACACAUCUCGAGCCCUGGUUCUCGGGAAUAUGAGAAUCUUACAGAGUCUUCCGACGAAGAAAGAUACGUGAAGAAGGAGACGGGAAUGAUUAUCGCACCCUGCACGAAUCACCAGAAGUGCCCUAUGUACCUGGUCCCAGGUCAGGCCAAGGGCCGAAGGGACUACUGCCGUUUCGAACAAAGAUAUAUCAGACCCAAUUUCCUACAGCGUAUUAUUGGUGCAAAGGACCGCAACCAUGAGGAUGUGCAAUUCAGCUACAUCGCCGUCCAGCGUGGUAUUGACCUGCGCGAGACCCACAAUAUCGUGCAGGGGCCCGAAGCGACUGAUGCGGCAUUUGCUGGAUUUGAGCAUCUGCAAGAUGAGGCAGAACCCGUCGAGAAGCUUGAAUCAGUCGCAGCCUCGAGCGGAUCAGCCACGGAAGGCGAAAUACCCUUCAACCCCCUUACCCUACCGCGUACUGUUUUCCCUCCCAUGAAGCGCCGUGGACAUGUCAUUUUCGAUUUAUGCACUUCGGCUGGUAAGAUCGAACGUUGGACUGUCCCUCGCUCUUUCAGCCGCCAGGCCUACCGUGAUGCUCGUAAGGCGCACUGGGGAGACCUGUGGGCGCUGGGUGCGAAGACUCGGAUUCCCCGCAACCUGAACCUCGGAGACAGAAGCGGAGAGGGCAAGAAGGAGAGACUAGAACGGCGAGCUGCUGCCAGAGCAGCGAUGCGGGAAGAAGGUGAUGACGAUGGUCUGGCUGCAUUCAUGGAGGGUAAGGCAGACGAAGAGAUUGUUGCCCCUACACGGAAGAAGGGCCAGACGAUCCCCAGUUGGAAGAAACAUGCCGACAAGAAGAAGGUCCGGCAAGCCUUCAAGCAGCAGUCGUCCAAGCAAUUCGAAGCACAAACGGAGGUUUAAAAAGGGAGCAUUAGUUAUGACCAGGUCUCAUUAUCUGAAAUACCCUGCGGCGCAUUGAUUCGGGUUCUGUUAACGGAUAUCUCAUCUCUCACCUCUCAGCUAUGGUCAAGGGAUCUGGAAAAAAUGAAAAGGAUAGCAGGCGUUGUAUAGCUAUUAGAAAAUCUGUAUAAUAUGA